AUGGCGACUAAGAAGCCCAAUAUCCUCUACAUAAUGGCCGACCAAAUGGCUGCGCCAUUGUUGUCCCUGCAUGACAAGAACUCCCCCAUUAAGACCCCUAAUCUAGACCGCCUUGCCAAUGGCGGCGUGGUCUUUGACUCAGCUUACUGCAACUCACCACUGUGUGCUCCCUCGCGCUUUGUAAUGGUCAGCGGCCAGCUGCCCUCCAAAAUUGGAGCAUACGAUAAUGCGGCGGAGCUGCCCGCGGACACCCCCACAUAUGCCCACUAUCUGCGGCGGGAGGGAUACCAUACAGCUUUGGCCGGAAAGAUGCACUUCUGCGGCCCGGACCAGCUUCACGGCUAUGAGCAGCGUCUGACCAGUGACAUCUACCCUGGUGAUUACGGCUGGUCCGUCAAUUGGGAUGAACCUGACAUCCGUGCCGACUGGUACCACAACAUGUCAUCCGUCAUGGAGGCAGGCCCUGUCGUACGCACCAAUCAAUUGGAUUUCGAUGAAGAGGUAAUUUACAAGUCAACCCAAUACUUGUACGACCAUGUUCGGCAGCGUAACGAGCAGCCUUUCUGCUUGACAGUCUCCAUGACCCACCCUCAUGAUCCUUACGCCAUGACCAAGGAAUUCUGGGACUUGUACAACGAUGUCGAGAUCCCGUUGCCCAAGAACGGAGCGAUCCCCCACGACCAGCAGGAUGCGCACUCCCAGCGCGUGCUCAAGUGUAUCGACUUGUUCAACAAGGAAAUGCCCGAUGAGCGCAUCCGUGCCGCUCGUCGCGCCUACUAUGCCGCCUGCACAUACGUUGAUACCAACAUCGGCAAGCUGCUCCGUGUUCUUGAAAACACCGGUCUGGCCGACGACACCAUCAUUGUUUUUACCGGUGAUCACGGUGACAUGCUUGGCGAGCGCGGUCUGUGGUACAAGAUGACCUGGUUCGAGAAUUCGGCUCGUGUUCCCUUCCUCGUCCACUCGCCCAAGCAUUUCUCCCCAAAGCGCGUGUCCGAGAACGUUUCCACCAUGGACCUCCUCCCAACAUUCGCCGAAUUGGCAGGCGCCAAACUCAUCUCCGAGCUUCCCCUUGACGGCGUUUCCCUCGUGCCGUAUCUGACUGGCGGCGAAGGUCUCCGCACUGACACCGUCUAUGGCGAGUACAUGGGCGAAGGUACCCAAGCUCCUCUCAUGAUGAUCCGUCGCGGCCGCUGGAAGUUCAUCUACUCAACCAUCGACCCACCUAUGCUCUACGAUCUCCGCCACCCGCGCAGCCGUCGCCAAGCCCACCGUGGCCUCGGCCAUCAACCUGCCAACUCCAGACGACACCCCGCACGCAUCGCCAAUCCCCCAGCGCGGCAACACGGCAGAUUACCCCUUCCUCUCCAACACCCCCCUCGCACCCCGAGCCCCGCCAAGCUCCCAGCCGCAGUGCCCAACACCACCGACCCAGCUAAGAUCCUGGCAUUCUUCCUCGAGGAAACCCACUCCCGUUGGGAUAUGGAGAAGAUUCACCAGGAUGUACUCACCUCCCAGCGUCGCCGCCGUCUGGUCUACUCCGCUUUGAUCAAGGGUACCCACACCGUCUGGGACUACGAGCCACGCAUCGACCCAAGCACCCAGUACAUUCGCAACCAGGGCAAGGGUGCCCUCGACGAUGUCGAACUCAUCUCCCGCUGGCCCCGUGUUCUCCAGCAAGCCGCUACUGCCAACGGGAUGUCUGCAUAG